AUGGCGGUUGGUAAAAAUAAAGGCCUGUCGAAAGGCGGUAAAAAGGGUGUUAAGAAGAAGAUUGUCGAUCCCUUCACCCGUAAAGAUUGGUACGAUGUCAAGGCUCCGUCUAUGUUCACCAAGAGGCAAGUGGGAACCACCCUUGUCAACCGUACUCAGGGCACCAAAAUCGCUUCUGAAGGUUUGAAGGGCCGUGUCUUUGAAGUGUCGCUGGCCGAUCUUCAAGCCGACACUGAUGCUGAAAGGUCUUUCCGCAAGUUCCGUUUGAUCGCUGAAGAUGUUCAGGGUCGCAAUGUUCUCUGCAACUUCCAUGGUAUGGACCUCACCACUGACAAGCUCAGAUGGAUGGUCAAGAAAUGGCAGACCCUUGUCGAGGCCAAUAUUGACGUGAAGACCACGGACGGAUACCUGCUCCGUGUUUUCUGCAUCGGUUUUACCAACAAGGACUCGCUCAGUCAACGCAAGACCUGCUACGCUCAGCACACUCAGGUCCGUGCAAUCAGGAAGAAGAUGUGCGAAAUCAUCACCCGUGAUGUGACCAACUCUGAACUCCGUGAGGUUGUCAAUAAACUCAUUCCGGACUCCAUUGCCAAGGAUAUCGAGAAGGCGUGCCACGGCAUCUACCCAUUGAGAGAUGUCUGCAUUAGGAAGGUUAAGGUUCUGAAGAGGCCGCGUUUCGAGAUCUCCAAGCUUAUGGAACUUCAUGGAGAAGGUGGUAGUGGCAAGAGGGGCGAGGCCGGUGACAAAUCGGAGCGCCCUGAGGGCUACGAACCUCCCGUUCAAGAGAGCGUUUAA